UCAGAUGGCAAAAAACAAAACCUAUGAUCUCAGCAAACUGGAGGAAUGGCUCACCGAUGACUCAGUUGCUCAUGAAAUUCUGAACUAUCACAAAUCGGCAAACGCAUUCAAGCGACUUGUCAAAAGUGGUAAAAAACGAGCAGUGACAUUAGACGCAUUUUGCGAAGGUGGGGAAAGAAUCGAAGUGACAGCUGAUCCGAAAAACCUCAAACUCAUUUUGCUGAUGUGGGAAGUUAUUAAAAAAGUCUACUUCAAUCUAACAACUUUUCAAGUCGAGAUCGACGAGGCGUUAGAGAAAAGCUGUUGUCUCUACCUUGAAAUCAAAAUUUUCCAAUUUAAAAAAGUGAUCGAGUCGUGGAAGGAAAACGGCAAACUGCCUCCGUCAAGUAUGGAUUAUGGAGAUUGGGAUUGUAGCAAGGCUUCUGCUAAAGUUGCCGAACAGAUGAUUCUGAUUGCAAGAACUUAUGCGGGAAUGACCGAAGAGGUUGCUGUUCCUGAUUUUGUAGCGUUGGAAAACAUGCUAGAACAUCACAAACUAAGAUGGGAGGAUCAUAAGCAAAAGAAACCGAUAGUGAUGGCUGGCGCUGGUGAUGCUCAAACCGGAUGCUAUCUUGCUCUCCGGACACUGCGGAAAGUCACUAUGUUUGUGAAGGACGAGGAAAUGGAAUCAGGACGAGAAAUGUGCAAUGCUAUUUCUACAAUUUUGACUACUCAUUUCGCAAAAAGAACCGGCGAGCUGAAAAUUAACACUAUGAACAGUUUCUACAAGGAGUACAGUCGAGAUGAUAUCUGCACGGAAGCAACAUUCUUCUUUCUUCCCAACAUCUCAAAACUGGGAAUGGCAAUGUUUGCAGAAGUCUAUGCCUGCCAUAUCCCAUUCUUCUCCGUCGUAAUGUCAAAUCGUCCCGUGUACUGGUACAUGGGUCAUCCUCGCUAUCGUCUGCUAGCCAAUUCUGGAAGAUAUCGACCAUUUAGCUUCAAAAGACCCGUGCCAAACGAGAUUCAUCUCGUGGAAAAGCAAAAACGCGUUUCGUGGAUGCAAUCACGCAACUACUAUCGAUACAGAACCCACAAGGUCGACUUCAAAAAAUUGCUGAAAAAACAAAAAGAGUUUCCGAAAGCAAGAAGGUUUACACGGAAUUUUUUGUACAACUGGGAGAAGAAAAAUCGAUAUUUCAAAAAGACUGAUUUGAUACUGGCAGUUACUCGUGGUCGCAAAGACCAAACUGAUCACCACGCAAAGAAAGUGACGUUACCAGAAAAGAAGACGGAUCACAUCAAAAUGGUCGUGAAGCAAGAUGUCGUGCAAGAAGAAAUUUCUGUGCACCCUAUGUUUUUGGAUGAAAUGGAUAUUGCUGAUGAUGAUGAAUACGAUGCAAUUGCUGGGCCAGAGCAUCUGCCUGGAUCUUCAGAUUUUGCUGCGGAUAGCAGUUCAAAUGAGCUAGCCACGUCCACCACACCAGUAUCUACGUCAUCCGAGUUUUCACUACCAUCAUCGACGGCAGAGCUGAAAAAAGAAGACUCGCCAGGCGGGUGUUCCGGAUUCCAGAAUGAAAUUCAAAGCUCCAUUAAACAAAAUGCCAGCAGUGAUGACGACUCGAAAACUUCCAAGAUUUCUACACCACGAAUGCACGCUACAUCCGAAACAAAUCAACUCAAUUCAAUGGAUUUUACUCUAAAUUCUGAUGAGAAAGUUGAUUUUGCACUUGAACGCCCAAUAGCCGCUACACCUCCCGAAGAAGAGCCUCCUGAGACAAUGCUCGCCGAAGAAGAAGAACAAAACGAAUGGCAGCAACUGCUGAUGGGAACCAAAUACAAGUGUGCAACUCUUGGAGACGUUGUUCGACAAUCAGUCAUUCACCCAAACUACGCAGGUCGUCCGGACAAAAAGAGCAAUCGGUUGGUGUCCAACAAACGGGAACAGAGAAAACGAAAGCCUGAAAAGGAUGUUACUGAGCCGGCAUCAGAGGAGGAUCCGUAUAUGACUGCAGAAAGAAAGAUUGAUGAAGCUAUUGCAACGGUUGCGCAUCAAGGACGAUUAAGACCUGCAGAGUCAUAUGAAAAACAACCUGUAGCCAAGAAAAUCGAGUUGACUGUAGAAAACGCUACUGUGAAUAACUUUCCAAUACAAACUCAGAUUCUUGCUGUCAAUGAUGCAAAUGCUCCAACAGUUGAAAGAAUUGCUAUUCAACAGAUUCAGUCUCAAGCACAACAGAAAACAACGUCAGCCCCGGUUCCGAUUGAUUAUUUGGAGCAUCUUUUGAAAAUGUAUCCAGGACUAUUGAGCAAUGCGCUCAACACAACAGUGGGAACACCUCCGAUGUUGUGGAAUCAGCCCCUGGUUGCCAGCAGGUGUUCGAGUUUGGCUCAACACGACACUGUUGCUAUGCCUCCUCACCAGAAUUUGUUGAACACUCCCAAUAAACUCCCUUCCCCGGCGUCUGCGCCCACAGGAGCACUCAAUAUUUCACAAAUUUUAGGCUCAGACUAUAAUGGGCAAGCCUUGAAAAACUUGGAAAGAAUGGUUCCUCCAGAAAAUUCGUCGGUUAAUUGGAAUUUGCUAAAACCGGUUAACAUUCCUCAGCCUACAAGUUUAGAUCGUCCGUAUGCUGGGGUUUCGGAUGGAAACACACUUCGAAUGGCGACACCUCUACCUUCUUUCAAUGGUAGGCCUCCAUCGGUUGUUCGGCCUAGAACAGCGUUCGACAUGAACAUACCUUACGGCACUGAUUCGAAUUUUAUUGGAGCAAAACAAUUCAAAAAAAAUACGCUUUCGGUUGAGAUGACGAAUGCAAGACAACGAGCGAACAAGAAAAAGGAAAAAAUGAAAGAAGUAGCGAUGGCUGAGCAACAUCGUCAGAUGGCAAGUACACCGGUAGCGUCCAAUAUUCCAAACAUUGGAAUUCCGAAGAUUGACCCUUUGGUGUUGCAACAGAUGAUUCUGGCCCAGCAACAGUUGUUAAAUCGAAAUAUGAUGGUCCCACAACUUCGCCCUAAUGAAGUUCCUAUGUUAAAUCAUCAGAAUAUCACUCAGCAGCUACUAGCACAGUUCAAUAUCCGUCAAAACAACAUGCAAUUUUCUACUCCAGCUCCAUUUCCUUCAUUUUCAAAUAAUCCAAUGCCGGCCUGCCCAUCGAUGAUUCCCUCUUUUCCGGUUUUCAGCCCAGAUCAGUUACAUCAGUUUAAUGCAAUCAAUUUCAAGUAGCGUUGAAAAAUGAAGAAAACAUAUAUGACUCAUGGUUAUUUUCUUCUUUGCAACUUCACAGUUCUCUCACCCAUCAAUUUCUCUGAGUUUAACGAUGCAUUUGUGUCAUUAUCUUAUCCUAUCGCUCUCCCUCUCUCUAUCUGUGUCACCUUCUUCCACAUUUGUAUUUCCCCGGUACUGAUAAAAUCCGAUUAAAAAAAAUUACAUUUCAAUUGUCUUUUUUCGAUCGUUCCCCUGUAUUUGUUUCUUUAUGCAACUUGAUCUCAAAUGUUUGUAGUUUUUUUCUAACUUAUUGAUUUUUUGUAAAUCAAUUUCCAACAAUUUUUACAUUCAAUCAACUGUUUUAAUUUUUUUGAGAAACGUUUAAAUGAUUCAUUUUUC